CAGAACCCCCGAGACAGCAGAAGAGGCCAGGAGCAGAGCACACUGGGGAGGCAGAGAUGCUGGACUUGCUGAGUGAUCUGCUCUGAGGGUGAGGGAGGGCAGGCUGUCUGGGACCACCCCACAGGUUGCCAACGUGGGUGACUCGGUGCCUGGUGGUGACAUUCCCUGGGAUAACACAUACAGGAAUAACAAAUACGUGUAUUAAGGGGCGUUUCUGGACAAGCAGGAUUUAGGUGCCUGUGGUCAGCCAGCAGUCUGCAGGGAUGUGGGGUCUGAAGUCAGACCAAAUCUGUCUGCUUAAACUAUGUGCUUAAAAUCCUCUAAUGACUUCCCGUGUUUAAACAGAGAGGCCGGACUCCUCCUCGUGGUAAACAAAGCCCUUGGCAACCAGUCCCUUCCAGCCUCAUUGCGCCACACUCCAGCCCCAAACCCGCUCCCCGGGCCUACUGAGUCCCGGAAUAAGCCCUGCCUUUGUUCCUGCUAGUCCUGGGGCCUGCACUGCCCUUCUGCCCCGUCCCCUGUAUGUUGGGCAAGUCCUACCUGUUUCAGGCUGCUCUGAAGCCUGCGCUGACCCUGACAAGCAGAAACCAGCUCUCUCUUCUUUGCGCCGUCCCUGAAGUGUGUGCUGCUGCCCCUGCCCGUCACUCCCUGCACUGGAGGUCUUGCAUGUCUGUGCUCCUAUGAGGUGGAGAGCACAUCUGACUUCCCUGUUCUUAGCCCGGGGCUGGCAGGUGACACAGCAGAUGUUUAGAGGGCGAAUGAGCGCCCCUGCUCCAGGAGCUGGGGUAUGGCCGUCAAUGUGUACUCCACAUCCGUGACCAGCGAGAAUCUGAGUCGCCAUGACAUGCUUGCGUGGGUCAACGACUCCCUGCACCUCAACUAUACCAAGAUAGAACAGCUCUGCUCAGGGGCCGCCUACUGCCAGUUCAUGGACAUGCUCUUCCCUGGCUGUGUGCACUUGAGGAAGGUGAAGUUCCAGGCCAAGCUAGAGCAUGAAUACAUCCACAACUUCAAGGUGCUGCAAGCAGCUUUCAAGAAGAUGGGUGUUGACAAAAUCAUUCCUGUAGAGAAAUUAGUGAAAGGAAAAUUCCAAGAUAAUUUUGAGUUUAUUCAGUGGUUUAAGAAAUUCUUUGACGCAAACUAUGAUGGAAAGGAUUACAACCCUCUGCUGGCGCGGCAGGGCCAGGACGUAGCACCACCUCCUAACCCAGGUGAUCAGAUCUUCAACAAAUCCAAGAAACUCAUUGGCACAGCAGUUCCACAGAGGACGUCCCCCACGGGCCCCAAAAACAUGCAGACCUCCGGCCGGCUGAGCAACGUGGCUCCACCCUGCAUCCUCCGGAAGAAUCCUCCAUCGGCCCGAAAUGGCGGCCAUGAGACCGAUGCCCAGAUUCUUGAGCUCAACCAGCAGCUACUGGAUUUGAAGCUGACAGUGGAUGGGCUAGAGAAGGAGCGCGACUUCUACUUCAGCAAACUCCGAGACAUCGAGCUCAUCUGCCAGGAACACGAAAGUGAGAACAGCCCUGUCAUCGCGGGCAUCAUUGGCAUCCUCUAUGCCACCGAGGAAGGAUUUGCACCCCCUGAGGACGACGAGAUCGAGGAACACCAACAGGAAGACCAGGACGAGUACUGAGGGCGGCCCCAGCCCUGGCUGACCGCUCCGCUUCCCGGGCCUCCCCUCCCCGCUCCCACCCCCACAUUAUAACCCUUUCCUGACAGCCGGUCGGCCGGGUGCUUUGUGUCAGUGCCGCAGCAUCGCAGCCUCGGGGAGCCCGGCGAGCAGGGCUUGGGGGGACGGGCCAGGUGAGCCGGCAGAGGCCCCUCCUCCUGCGGCACAGGCCCCGUGGGCGGGCCCCCUGCCCACUCCCCACCCCUAUUUAUUUCCGUUGUCUCUGUGCUGUGUCGGCCAACACUUCCCAGGGUGUUGCUGCCACCCACCCCAGCCAGCCGCCUGCGCCUCUGACAGCCAGCAGCUGUAUAUUUGACAAAGUCAUUGGUAUAUUUUUACUUACUGGAUUUUCCUUGCACUUUACCUGUUCUUUUCCCAGGGCUGACAGCACGGGCUCCGGGGCAGCGUGCCCGGCUUGGCUUCCCUUCCCCAUGGCCGGGGCCAUGGCAGGACUCACCGAUUCUUAUUUAUUUUGUCUUUUGACUUCCCAGUAGUUGAGGGAAAGGCUGAUGUCAGGAGAGGGAGAGAGGGGGCUGAGGAGGGGGUGCCUUAGGCCCUGGCAGUCAGGGAGAGGGAGGGGAGCAUGCGAGGGAUGAAAACGGCCUCCUGGCACCAGGCUCGCCCACCCUCGGCCCCCUGCCCCCAGCACUGAAGCCCAGCACUGCCCCAGGCCCCCAGCCACGCCCCCUGCCGCUUGGUUCCUGCCACACAGACUCUGCCUGGCCCCUCCUGUCGGUCUGCCUCCUCUCGGCCCGCCUCCCCUACCCCUGCCCCUCGGGCCACCCAGCCUGCAUACGUGUUCACUUUUAUUUCAAUAAACUUGUGUGGUAAAAGUCCA